AUGAAUUCUAAAUCAGCUACAUGUAGAGCUUACUAUACGGCACAGGAAUCGGGUCGAAGUGAGUUAUGUUCCUUCUGUUCAAAUUUUGCUUAUGGCUCUGAUUUUAAUUCUAGUGGCCUUGGGAAGGAACAUACAGAGGCUACUGCUACAGAGGCCUUGAAAGCAAGGGUUGAAGAUGGUAUCCGAGAGGAGGACCAUACCCCGAAAAAUAAGUGGUUGCCAGAGGCUAUAUUCUAUCUCAAUCCAAGUAUAUUGUCAACAUUCUUGACUAGAGUUAAGUUGAACGUGAAAUAUGCUCCAUCUAAUGAUGCUCCUCUUCAAGAUCCCGCCUUAUAUCGUACUUUGGAAUCGGUUAUAGUUUACAUUUUGAUUAUUUCUAUUGCUUCAUGUUCAUGCAACUCAUGGAAUGUAAAUGGUGAGAGUAAUGAGUUAAAUGUGAUUCAAUAUGGUGCCAAAGGAGAUGGCAAAACCGAUGAUACCCAAGCUUUUAUGAAAGCAUUCAAAGCUUUAUGUGAUGGUAAAAAUGGGAAUACACUGUUGGUGCCAAAAGAUCGUUCAUUUUUUCUACGUCCAACGUUAAAUUUCACUGGCCCUUGUAAUUCUAAAAAUAUUAAUAUCAAGAUAAAUGGAAACUUAUUAGCACCUAAAAGAAAUGAUUGGGGAAAAGAUUGUGCAAUAUAUUGGAUUCAUUUCUCUCAUAUAACUGGAUUAAAACUUGAUGGAUCUGGAGUUUUCAAUGGUAACGGUGAAGGCUGGUGGGAUAGGGUGAAAGGAAGUGGGAAUUGCCCUAGAAUACCAUCGGCUAUACAAUUUGAUCAUUGUGACGGACUUCAAAUAACUGGAGUCACUCACAUCAAUGGACCUGGACCACAUAUUGGUGUGACUGAUAGUAAUGACGUAACUAUCUCAAAAAUUUACAUUAAUUCACCACCAAAAAGUCACAAUACCGAUGGAAUCGAUUUAACAAGAACAACUCGAGUUAAUAUUCAUGAUUUUUCAAUAAAUUGCGCUGAUGAUUGUGUUGCCAUCAAAGGUGGAGCACAAUUUGUUAACAUCAGUCAAAUUACAUGUGGACCUGGGAAUCAUGGCAUUAGUGUUGGGAGUUUAGGAGGACAUGGUGCAGAAGAAUUUGUACAUCAUUUGCAUGUCAAAAACUGCACAUUCAAUGGAGCUACUAGCGGUGUUAAAAUUAAAACAUGGCCGGGUGGAAAAGGCUAUGUCUCAAAUAUCAUAUUUGAGGAUAUUAACGUAAAAGAAACAAAUUUCCCUGUAUAUAUUGACCAACAUUAUAUGAGAAACCCAGAACAGCCUCAAGCCUUAAAGAUAAGUAAUGUUACAUUUAGUAAUAUCUAUGGAACAUGUGUUGGAGAAGAUGCUGUUGUGUUGGAUUGUGCCAACAUAGGAUGUCACAAUAUUAACCUUAAUCAAAUCAACAUUGUUUCAACCAAUCGAAAGAAACCAGCUUCUACAAAAUGCAAAAACGUUCAUGGAAAAGCUACUAAUAUUAUUUCACCUAAAGGGACUUGUGUUAAUUAA